AUGGCUGCAGCUCUCCGUCCCGGCGCCUCCUCUCCCGCCGCCCGCCUAGCUCUGCUGUUCGGCUGCCUCGUCUUGCGCGGGGCUUCCGCGCGGGCUGAGGAGACGGAGGCGGCCCGCGACGACACGGACCCCCACGCGCGGCACCUCUACAACGCCGAGAUGCUGCACCAUGGCGCCCAGAGCGCACCGCACUUCGUCAUGUUCUUCGCCCCGUGGUGUGGGCAUUGCCAGCGUCUCCAGCCAACUUGGAAUGAACUUGCAGAAAAGUACAACAACAUGGAUAAUCCACAGGUCUAUGUUGUAAAGGUGGAUUGCACUACAGAUACUCCAUUGUGUUCUGAAUUUGGUGUCAGGGGAUACCCAACUCUAAAACUACUUAGACCAGACCAAGAAGUUGCAAAAUAUCAGGGACCUAGAGACUAUCAGUCACUAGAGAACUGGAUGUUGAAGACAUUAAAAGAGGCAUCUGCUGAGCAAGAACCUAAACUGGAGCCACCAAAAGCAUCUGAUGCAAAGCAAGGCCUUUAUGAACUCUCAGCAGCUAAUUUCAAGGAGCAUGUAGCGGAAGGCAAUCACUUCAUCAAAUUCUAUGCCCCUUGGUGUGGCCACUGCAAGGCAUUGGCACCUACCUGGGAACAGUUGCCUCUGUUCCUUGAACAUUCAGAGACUGUCAAGAUUGGGAAGGUGGACUGCACGCAGCAUUAUGAAAUCUGCUCAGAAAAUCAAGUGCGAGGUUAUCCAACACUCCUUUGGUUCAGAGGUGGAGAAAAGGUUGACCAAUACAAAGGAAAGAGAGAUUUAGAUUCUUUGAAAGAGUAUAUCGAAUCUCAGUUAAAAGACUCCAAGGAAGCCAUAAAUGAUGUUAAACCCACUGAAGUACCUUUACCACCUAGAGAAAUAACUCUUGAGGAAGAGGGCAAAGCUAUUUCCCUCUCUGAAAAAGAUUUUGAUAAAGAAGUGGCUAACGGGAUCACUUUCAUCAAGUUUUAUGCUCCAUGGUGUGGUCACUGUAAAAACCUGGCUCCGACAUGGGAGAACCUCUCAAAAAAGAACUUUCCGGGACCAAUGGAUGUGAAGAUAGCAGAAGUAGACUGCACUAUUGAACGCGACGUCUGCAACAGAUUUUCUGUCCGUGGCUACCCAACACUCAUGCUUUUCCGUGGUGGUAAGAAAGUAAGCGAACACACAGGAGCCAGAGAUCUCGAAACACUGUAUAACUUUGUUCUGGGACAAGCAAAGGAUGAACUGUAAAAAUGUACCUGCUUGGUUACUGCUUCUUUAGCUGCGUCCAGUAAACACGGAAGUUAAA